AUGCAUGAUCUGGUGCACGACUUAGCUGCCUCAAUGAGUGGGCACUCCAUUAUGGAAAUCGACAACACACCUUAUAAAAAGAGCAAGGCUCGCCAUCUAUCAGUUCUGCAUGGUGAUUUAAGUUCCAUCUCCACCUCUAUACAUAAGGAAAAUCACGUCUCCACUCUAAUAUUCUACAACUCUAAAUGCAGAGUGAUUUCCAGAACAGUCUCCCCACAUCUCUUUGCUCACUUGAAAUUUCUUAAGGUAUUGGAUUUCAGUUAUCUUAGCCUUUCAGAAAUACCUAAUGAAGUGGGGAAAUUGAAGCAUCUGCGGUACCUAAACUUGUCUCACACAAAUCUACAAUCUCUUCCUGAAAAAGUAUGUGAUCUACAUAAUCUGCAGCCUUUAGCCCUCAACGACUGCCAACAACUUUUGAAAUUGCCUGGAAGUUUGGCUAAAUUAAGUGGCUUGAGACAUAUUGAAAUUCAUAGUACUCCUAAACUGCCCUACUUACCACAAGGAACUGGGAGGUUAACAUCUCUUCAGAGGUUAUCUAAAUUCCCCGUGAGUAUCGUGAAACUAGGAUGCAGGAUUAGAGAGCUUCAGGACCUCAACAAACUGCAUGGCUGCAUAAACAUAAUAGGUUUGCAUACAGUGGAGAACUUCAAGGAGGUUAGUGAUGCUAAACUGAUGAACAAGGAGAAUCUCCACGAACUGCGGUUAGAUUUUUCACCGUACAAGCUGGAAAAUCUAGGAGAAGACGAGUUUAGAAAGACAAAGAGUGUGCUUGAAGACCUUCACCCCCAUCCAAACAUAAAGAAAACGACGCUCACUCACUUUCUCGGUUCGGAGCUCCCAAGUUGGCUGGAGAAUGAUUCCAUGUUUCUAAUCUUCGCAUGUUGA